AUGCUUCUUGUAGCAGAAAAACCAAAGGUAAGAGAACUGAGGAGUUUGCAUGUUCAAACUGCAAGUCUAAGCACCCUUUAUAAUCUUUCUAGUGAAAAUGAACAAGAUACAUCUAAAGAGUUUGAAGAUUAUGCAGAAGAAACUAAUACCUCAAACCCAGAAGAGGAUAUGAUUGACAGGGAAGCAUUUGUUAACUCCUCAUAUUGCGUAACUAGUAAUGUGAAUACUGGAAUGCCUAACACCCCAGAUCCUGCUUUGGUAGCAGUGGAAAAUCAUGAAAGUCAAAUUACAAGUCUGCUUAAUCAUGAAAGCCAAAGUACAAGUCUGCUUAAUGAUAAGUGUCCAAGCAAGAUAGUGAAGGAUAAAUUCAGCCGGAAACUGACGUCGGGCCGCUUAAAAUAUUUGGCCCCUAUAAUGAGACAGAAGGAUUUGACUGAUUGUAAGCAUGGAGAGUCAAGCUGCAGCAGUGGUGAAACUAUCUCUGUGGAUAGGAAGCCAAUUCAAGAUGAGUCUCAUCCCCAAUCAAACUUGCCAAAUGCAUGUGAGGUUAUGGAAUAUCAAGUGGAUCCACAACAUUUUUCAACAGCUAGUUCUCUGGGAAAGGGCAGUCCAAGUGGAAGCAAUGAAGGCAGUGUCACUAUGAAUUGCCUCGAUAGAGAAGGGUCUCCUGAAAAAUCUCAACCGUGGACAUUGAUUGACUUGAACUUUCCUCCUGUUUCACCAGAUUUAGGAACUGAUGAACCGUUGAUCAAGUGCAUGAUGCAAAAUAAUGACAAUUCAAGUGAAAACAAGUCAUCAUCUCUAUCUGAAACAAGCGAGCAGCCUGAGCCACUGAAGCUUCCUGAAGUUGGGGAGAGUAUGGAGCAGCAACAACCUACUAUUAAGAGCCAGAGGCAGAGUACAAGGAACCGACCAUUGACCACAAGAGCAUGGGAAGCUCUUGAACUUGAUUUCUGUAGGACAAAGAGGAAGAGAAAGGGUGAGACUCUACAAAAUAAGUCAAUAUCAAGGUUGCAAAUAGAUCGGGGAAACACUAGUGUUAGUUCAGUUUAUGAUGAACACCAGGAUAGGGGAGAAAAACGGGUUAAGAGUUUGUAGCAAAGUGACAAUGCAAACGCGGUUGGUGUGCCUCAGGUUUGAUGCAAGAAGAAAUGCACUGAUCAUAUUAAAGAACGUCCAAUUAGUUGCAGGCCAUAUGUCCAAUGUGGAGAAUCAAAUGCACUUCUUUUCACUUGGCAGGAGCAAAUUGGUAUGUUGACCUGCAGAAAUUGGCUUGACUGGAACUCAAGAGUGUGUUUGAAUGGUCUGGUUUAGCUCAAGUUUCUGAAGCUUUAGUAGCUUCAUGGUAUAUACUGAUAUACAGUACAGGUGACUGAGAUGAGGCAAGCAAGGCCAUAUUUUGUUGCAUGCUUCCUUCUCUCUGCCUUCAUCUUUUUAAUUUUUAAUCUAUAUUGGCCUAUACUUCUCUCACUGAUUCUUGAGGGCUUACCUGAAAUAAUGACAUAAACUCCAUGAACAAAGUAAUUGUUA